AUGCAACCUCAUGUUAAGAGCAGAACUCAGCUGAACACAGGGACUGUUCUGAAAAUGUACUUUUAUUUGUUGCUGAUAGUUUUCAUCUGUGACGGGUUCAAUGUCCACGGUCCACCUGGUCCUCUCAUUGUUCGGCUUGGAGACUCAGUGAUGCUGCCCUGCUUUGUGGAAACUCCUCUUCCAUUGGAUGAACUGGAAUUGGAAUGGAAAAGAAUUGACAGUGAAACUCUAGUGCACUUGUGGCAGGAUGAAGAGAGUCGAAAAGAGUCUCAGAACUAUCAUGAACAGCAUUAUCAUGAAAGGGCUCAUUUCUUCACAGAGGAGAUCGCUCAUGGAAACUUCUCCCUCCUGCUUACAGAUGUGACCAGUAAAGAUGCAGGAGUUUAUAAGUGUGCUGUUUACACAAAGCUGGAUUCUGGAGAAACUCUGAUUGAAAUAAAGGAGAUUGAGCGCUUGAUUGUCUCUGGAGCCCACAUUAUAUCUACAAAUGCAGGUGAAGAUAUCACUCUGAAUUGCUCUGUAGACUCUCAUAUCACACCAGAAAAGAUAGAAGAGGUGUCAUGGAAGAAAACUGAUGAAGAUAUCUUACUGCUGCUCUAUCAGGAGGGUGAGAUCCUGACAGAGUCGACUGGUAAGAGAUACGUGGACAGAGUAGAAUUCUUCAGUGAUGCAGAAAGAAACAAAGGAAACUUCUCUUUAAGACUGAAGAAUGUCCGAACAGAAGACAAAGGGCUGUAUAUGUGUUUAGUGUUCUCUGGGGAAUUAUCAGCUAACACAACUGUGGAGAUACAGCAGCUGGGUCUUUCCUUUCUGCAUAUUGCAAUUUUAAUUUUGUGUAUUCUUGGAUUUGUAAUCGGAUCACUUAUACUAGGCUCCCUAUCUUACACAUCUUAUAAAAAGGAAGAGGACAGCAGCAGAAGAGCCCUAGCUAUACAGUGUGCACAUGUCCUUUGUCCUAACAUUACUAUGUCCAUUGUCUUCAUCCUCUGGGGUUUCACUGAUGUUUGUGUGCAUGGUAAAAAACUGUACGUGUUCCCCUUCCACCAAGCCAAAUUCCUCUACCUGUAA